AUGACAGGAAAAAGGAAUAAAUCAUCUCGCCUAACAGAAGGCUCUGAGAGCAACUCCGACAGUACAGACAGCCUCUUUGAACGAGACCGGAAGCGCAGAAAGAUACGUCAUAAUCGUUCUGAAAGCAGCAGCAGUGAUACUGAUUGCCCAAUCUGCGAUGACAGGAAAAGGAAGAAAUCGGCUCGCCGAGCAGAAGGUUCUGAGAGCAACUCCGACAGUACAGACAGCCUCUUUGAACGAGACCGGAAGCGCAGAAAGAUACGUCAUAAUCGUUCUGAAAGCAGCAGCAGUGAUACUGAUUGCCCAGUUCCUAGACCUGCGAUGACAGGAAAAAAGAAGAAAUCGGCUAUGCGAACAGUAGUCUCUGAGAGCAACUCCGACAGUACAGACAGCCUCUUUGAACGAGACCGGAAGCGCAGAAAGAUACGUCAUAAUCGUUCUGAAAGCAGCAGCAGUGAUACUGAUUGCCCAGUUCCUAGACCUGCGAUGACAGAAGUACGGCGAACUGUGGGUACUGAUGACAAGAGUUACGAAUCGCAGCCAGGCCGUGGUGAUGAGUGCGGCAGUUCUGAUGAAGGACAAGAAGUCACUGGACAUACAUCAGUUUUGUACCCUUGCAAUGAACGAAAUAAUAAUUAUAGUGAGAAUUUGCUCAAAACAAAAAUGGGGUCAGAGAAAGUUGCUACUGUUUCUGAGACUGGUGUUCUUCUCACCUCCAAGGACCGCGAUACUGAAGCAGCAUUGUCGUUAUCAACGUCGUCCAGGGCCACAGCUGACAUGUCGGAUGACAAUAACAAUGAGCAUUUAACAGAGAGUCCCAUCUGCAUCAUUUGCAGAUAA